CAAGGACUUCCUGAGGUGAAGCCAGCCCUGCCACCGAGAGGUGACAGCGAGUGGAAAGGGGAAGCUGGCACAAAACCCCUCCGUCACCGAGUCCGCCACCAUGGCCCGGCCAUGGCUCCAUCUCUGCAUCUGCCUCCAGAUCCCAGGUUUUUAUACAGCUCUACUUUUAACCCAAACCCCGGAGCGCAUUCUGACCCAAACGAACAACGAGACCGAAAUCCUCUGUGAGCUGAAGGAGCACAGCGGGGUGUACUGGUACCGCUGGAGCCAGGAGAGGCAACAUUUCGAGUUCUUGGUGUUUUCCAACACGCUGGGCAAAGCCACCUACGGCACAAACGUGAGCCAGGACAAGUUUAAUGUCCGUGAGGCGAGGUCCCACAGCUCCUCCAGCCUGCACAUCAGGCACCUGCGGCCCUCGGACAGCGGCACCUACUACUGCUCCGUGUCCCGGUCCUCCCAGCUCCUCCUGGGCAGUGGGACACGGCUCAGCGUGGUCGAUGCUUUGCCUCCGCCUCCAAAGACUACACAGACACCGGUGUCCCGAAAGCCUGCGCCGCAGAUAACCAAAAGCAAAGCUGCCAGCAGGACAGGUCCCUGCAGUCCCCUGGUCUGGAUCCCACUGGCCACUGGAGUCCUGCUCCUCCUGCUGAGCCUGGUCUCCGCUGCCCACCGCCUGUACCGUCUGCGGCGGAGGCUGUGGCUUCGCGUGCACGGGCAGUAAAUGCCAGUAAAUCCCACUGGCCCCUGCCUCGGACCGGCAGGGAGAAGUCACAGAGGCACCCCUGCAUCCCCUGCACGAGGCUGAGCACUGCCUGGACACGACCCUGGAAGGACCUGGCAGGGAACAGACGUGGGCUCGUACCACAAAACAGACAUUUCCUUCCUGCACCAGACUUUCAACAUCUUCCUUGGCACAACAGCCGGCAAAAGGACCAGGCUGGAUUCUGCAGCAUCCUGAGCACUUCUCAAAGGACACUGAGCAGGGCUGGCUCUGCACAGGAGGAAAGGGGCUGGUGUACCAGAGGGUUUCAGAUGGGCUGGAAAGCUCUGAGCUCCUUGGCUCUCCUCUGUGUUCAUUUCUAGGACAGCACAAAGGUGCUUUUUUUUGCUCCUGUUAAUACUGGUUGAUAAAAAUUCGGUAACGAACACUUUGAGAGCAACCAGCAGGGACGGGGCAGAGACAACUUGUAAAGACCCUGUGCAGGUUUGUUCAGCACCGAAAGUGAAUAUAUCACUCAGGUACUUCAUUCUGCAGACUGGUGUCCUUUGGUCCUGCUCAGUGAGGGACACAGUUGUGUGGCAAGCAAGGGAACCAUGGCCUCCAGCCAAGAAAGAGUUAAAGCAGAGCAAAAGCUCCAGGGGAGGGCAAAUCUGGGAGGGUGUCUUCUGCUAUGGGAGACUGCAAGCAGCCAGCAGUGGGAGAGAAAAACCAGACAAAGCCAUGCACACAAGGCCAAACACUUGGCAGAGCCUGAAGGUCAACUCCACCUCUGGGAGCAAACAGAGGCCCCCAGGGGCUGGCCCUGAGCCCAGCAUCACAGCAUGGCCAGCAGGAACUGCCCUGAGUGAUGCCUGGGUGUGCUGAGCCCCAAGUGACACCUGUGUCCUGAACCCUGUGUGACAUCCCUGCAUGCUGAGCCCCAAACGAUGCCCAAGUGUGCUGAGCCUCGAGUGAUGCCAGAAGCAGCCAAGGUCUCCCCAGGGAUGGUAACAGGGCUCAGCUGCUGCCCAGAGUGCCAAGGCAGAGCUGGGGCUGGAAAUUCGGCAUCCUGCUGAGCACAGGCAGUGAGCACUCGCUCUCAGAUGCACCCCCAGCCCCACAUCUGCUCACACACGGGCACCAGCACUGCGCCAGCUACAGUGAGGGCAAGGGGAAGGUGGUCCAGAGUGCCCAGGGCGGGGGAUAACACAAUCUUGGGAUGAGAUUGUGGGUGCAAAGCGUCACAGUGGCAGAGCAGCAUCACCCUGCCCUUCCCCUCCCUCCCCUCCCAGCUGCAGUGUGCUGCUGCUUUCCACUUUAAAAUGGAUUUUUCUGAGGAGCUCAGUCUCAAGGCCAGCUGUUGGUGGUUUCCCUCAAUGAUGCAGCGAUAAAGCUGGCAGUGGAUCAUGCUGAGCCAGCUUUCCCAGGCUGUGACACUCACCCAGGCUCUCAGACCACCCCACUGAUGACAGGGGACACCAGCUCGAGGCCCCACGCCACCCCAGGUGCAGCAGGGACAGGACUCUGAGCAUCUCUGAUUCCCAUCCAUCACAAUUUAUCCUCUGUGAGAGCUCAGAUUAACUAAAACCAUCAUUUUCCUAUCCUGCAAGCAGUGAGCAGAGCUUUUCCCCAGAAGCAGAGGGUUUUUAUGAUAUGUACAUUUUUCAGGACAGCUGUAAGAGAACCCCUUUGAAACUUCCCACAGGCAAAGGUUUACUCUUUAAAAAACAGGGCCUUUCCCUCUGCCUGCAGCUGCUUUUGAAACCCCAGCUGUCUUUCUCACACUUAAAAUGUCCUGACCCUAAUGUCCAUGCCUUGUUCAGCUCUCCCACCUCCCAGCCAGCACAGGAGAUGACCUCCCAUGGCCAAGCAAAUACAGGCUGCACAGCCCAAUCCUCCUCUCCCACAGGAAGGUGAGCAGCCUCAGGGAUAACCCUGCCCAGCCCACUCCUCUUCCUUCUUCUCCACACUCAGGACAUCCUCACAGGGUCUGACCUUCGCUGAAACCCCUCCCCAGGACAGCACCGUCUGGUCUUGAUAGACUUCAGCCACGAUUCCCAACUCCAAAACACGAGCACAAAGCCCAGGCAUUUACCCCUCCUCUCUCUGCUCACCCACAGCAAAGAAUUUGCUCAAUGUCUGAA